AUGGUUGACGACCACAGCGAUGAACACCAUCAUGAUGAGGAACCGACGGAAUCUUCUCCUCUACUCCCAAAAACUGAUAAAAAGAAGCAAAACGAAACACCAAAUAAGCAACAACAAAGCAAUACAAACAACAAAACCGACACCAAUAGAAACAUGGACAACUCAACUGCACCAAUAACUACAAGUCCAACGCAGUCGCGUGCCAACACCACCAUCGGUCCGCCAAUAGACAUCAAACCUGGACCAACAGGAGGCACAGCACUAGCAGGAGGAAAUCCAAACGCACCAAAAAGACAAGAUACCCAGUCCUGGCCCGCACCAGCCGGUCUCCCACCUCGCGACGACGACGACGAAAGUCUAAUCAUCUUCCGCCGCGCAAUCGGUAUAAACUACAACCUCGCCGCUGCCGACACCGUAAGCAUGGAAGAAGGUCGUCGCAAAGCCGUGGGGAUCUAUCACGCCGUCAUAAAAGCGAAAAGAAACAAAAUGUGGCAAUUUCGCACCAUGUGGUGUGUUAUCCUGUUCUGCCAUUUUGCGCAAAUCAUUAUCGGGGCUGCGUUGACUGCUUUGGGACCACUGGCGAAUGAUCAUGGUAUUGUUAUUACGAUUCUGGGGGCGUUGAAUACUGUGAUUGCGGGCGUGUUGGCUCUUGUUAGUGGGCAGGGGCUUCCGGAUAGAAUCCAAAAGGAUGAAAUUGGGUAUCGGAAAAUACAGGAUUGGAUUGAGGAGACGGAAGCGUUAUUGAGCGUGGGAAUCAUUGGGAGGAACAGAAAAGAAGUUGGGCUGUUGGUAGAGGAGGCUUUCAAGAAGUACAAUGCGGCCAAAUCGAAUGAGGAGAAUAAUCGACCGAGUUCGUAUGUGAAUGCGCCAGAGGAACCGUCUAGGGCUACUGGAGAUGGUCGGAAUGCGUCUACCAAAUACCAUCACAAGUUCCUCGAAAAGGAGGAAAAAUGA